ACUAUCGGCUUGUCAGUACGUUGUGUUCCGCGGUGACUCGAAGCAUUAAAGCUGUGCUAGCUGUAGACGAUGCAUCUGCUCGUGGGAUUACUGUUGACUGCCCUUUCUCAAUUCAGCGGAGGCCAGGCUUCGACAGCAAACACAACUUGUAAAGAUGGACAGGGAAAUGAUGUUGACUGGUUCUUCAUCUACAAAUUUCCAGAGUCAAGUGGAGGAGGAACAAAGUUUGUCUACCUGGAUUCCCGCUCUGCACGUUCCAAAUACUGGAGCAUUUCUUCUCAGUUGAUCACUGAUGCUGAUAACCCAGUUGCUAGAAGCAUUGCACCACUUUAUGCUAGCGAGAGACCAGGACGCUUUGCUUAUGUGCUGUACAAUGAUGAGCCAGCUAGGAGCAACAUAAGUGCUUACAGGAGCUCAGGCCAUACCAAGGGCCUUAUCCUGUUCGACGGCAGCAAUGGCCUAUGGCUCGUGCACAGCGUUCCAAAGUUUCCUGAAGGAGCUGCGUAUGGGAGAUACUCGUAUCCCCAUAGUGGCCAGGAAUUCGGACAGAACUUUCUGUGCGUAACUUAUCCAACCAGCCAACUAGAUACCAUAGCAACGCACCUACGUCUUCAAGCCCCAGAUGUCUAUGACGGUUAUGCAUCCCCCUCUAUGCUGAAGCAACAUACUGGCCUCUAUGCUCUUCUUCAUAACCAUUUCAUUCGCAGCCCACCAUGGGUGCUGACUGCAACACUCACAGAUGUGCUUGGAGUGCCCUUCCUCAGUUAUGCUAAGAAUGGACGCUUCAACAAAGAUGUUUACUCGGAAGUUGUAGCCAGGAAUCUCGGCAGCGACCUGUAUGUGUCCACGUGGCUUAAUGGACCUGGAGGACGUUUGCCGUCCGAAUGCAAUGAGCAGUACAAAGUGAUGAAUGUGAAAUGGAUGAAGUUUCCAUUGGGCAAGGGACAGUCCAUUAGCUUCUCCAAUCGUGAUGACCAUAGCAAAUGGGCUGUUUCAACAGCACGCACUAUUGUCUGCAUAGGAUCUCUCAAUAGAAUGCAUUCCCAGUUUAGGCGAGGAGGUGAAACGGUGUGCUUCAAGAAUGAUAAACUGCAUGCACUCCUGCUGUCCAGCAUCAGAGCCUAUGAGAAAUGCCCCAACAUGCAAAUGCGGCCAUAAUCUCUGGGCUCUAAUUUUUGUGUGUGCAAAUCUGUAAUUGUGGUUGUAAUAAUCAAAUGAUAAUAAACAGUAAUAAUCAUUUGAA